AUGAGUACUUCAAGUGUUAGCUUCCCAAGUGUGAACAAUUCAAGUGUUAGCAUUCCACGCUUGAGUAGUUCAAGUGUCAGCAUUCCAAGCUUAAGUAGUUCAAGUGUUAGCAUUCAAAGCUUGAGUAGUUCUAGUGUCAGCAUCCCAAGCAGGAGUAGUUCAAGUUUUAGUAUCCCUAGCUUGAGUAGUUCAAGUGUCGGCAUCCCAAGCUUGGGUAGUUCAAGUGUUAGUAUCACAAGCUUAAAUAGUUCAAGUCGGAGUAGUUCAAGUGUCAGCAUUCCAAGCUUAAGUAGUUCAAGUGUUAGCAUUCCAAGUAUGAACAGUUCAAGUGUCAGCAUCCCAAGCUUCAGUAGUUCAAGUCUUAGUAUCUCAAGCUUAAGCCCUUCAAAUAUCAGCAUCCCAAGUGUGAACAGUUCAAGUGUUAGCAUUCCAAGCUUGAGUAGUUCACUUAAUUCAAGUGUUAGCAUUCCAAGCAUGAACAGUUCAAGUGUUAGAAUCCCAAGCUUGAGUAGUUCAAGUGUCAGCAUCCCAAGCUUGAGCAGUUCAAUUGUUGGUAUCGCAAGCUUGAGUAGUUCAAGUGUUAGCAUCCCAAGCUUAUACAGUUCAAGUGUUACCAACCCAAGCUUUAGCAGUUCAAGUGUCAGUAUCCCAAGCUUGAGCAUUUCGAGUGUCAGUAUCCGUAGCUUGAGUAGUUCAGGUGUUAGCGUUCCAAGCUUAAAUAGUUCAAGUGUUAGCAUCCUAAGCUUGAGUAGUUCAAGUCUCCUCUCAUUUUCACUGAGUCUAGGCUCAAAUCAAAGUUCAAGCAGCUUUAUGCUAAGCACUUCUAGUCCAAGUGCCCUGAGUAUGAACAGCUCAAGUCUUUUUAAGUCUGUAAAUAGUUCAAGUCUUGGCAGCCCAAGUUUGGGUGUUUCAGUUUCUAUUAUUUCAAGUUUUAGUAGCUCAAGUGUUAGCAUUCCAAGCUUGAGUAGUUCAAGUGUUGGCAUCCUAAGCUUGAGCAGUUCAAGUGUCAGUAUCCCAAGCUUGAGUAGUUCAAGUGUUGGCAUCCUAAGCCUGAGCAGUUCAAGCGUUAGCAUCCCAAUCUUAAAUAGUUCAAGUGUCAGUAUCCCAAGCUUGAGUAGUUCAAGUGUUGGCAUCCUAAGCCUGAGCAGUUCAAGCGUUAGCAUCCCAAUCUUAAAUAGUUCAAGUGUCAGUAUCUUAAGCUUGAGCAGUUCAAGUGUUGCCAUCCCAAGCUUGAGCAGUUCAAGCAUUAGCAUCCCAAUCUUAAAUAGUUCAAGUGUCAGUAUCUCAAGCUUGAGCAGUUCAAGUGUGAGGAUCCCAGGCUUAAAUAGUUCAAGUGUUAUCGUCCCAAUCUUAAAUAGUUCAAGUGUUAGCAUCCUAAGCUUGAGCAGUUCAAGUAUUAUCAUCCCAAGCUUAAAUAGUUCAAUUAUCAGCAUCCCAAGCUUGAGCAGUUCAAGUAUCAGUAUCCCAAGCUUAAAUAGUUCAAUUAUCAGCAUCCCAAGCUUGAGCAGUUCAAGUGUUGGCAUCCCAAGCUUAAAUAGUUCAAGUGUUAGCAUCCCAAGCUUAAAUAGUUCAAGCGUUACCUUCCCAAGCUUGAGCAGUUUAAGUGUCAGUAUCCCAAACUUGAGUAGUUCAAGCGUUAGCAUUCCAAGCCUGAGUAGUUCAAGUGUUAGCAUCCCAAGUUUGAGCAGUUCAAGUGUCAGUAUCCCAAGCUUAAAUAGUUCAAGUGUUAGUAUCCCAAGCUUAAAUAGUUCAAGUGUUACCAUCCCAAGCUUGAGCAGUUCAAGUCUUGAGCGUUUCAGGUGUCAGUAUCCUAAGCUUGAGUAG